AUGGAACAGAAGAUGACAUUGGAUGAGAUGAGCCUCUAUGAAGAAAAGGAAAGAGUAACAGGCCAACGGAUCUUCUGCAUCUCCUGUUGUCCUCUGAGGGAGCGCCAGAGCCGCCAAAGAGCUGGAAAGCAGCCUGUGGAGGAGAUUGGAAGUUCUGUCAGCAGAUGGCAUAAGCAGAUGGAGCCUUUGAGGCGGGAGCGGGCGAAGUGCCCUCUGGCCCCAGUGAUCACCAGUCUAGCCAGGAGCCCUCAGCCCGAAGAAGAAGGUGAGGGACCCACCCAAGCUCCUCCUCGGCUUCCCCUCGCCUCCUUCCUCCCCAGAAUCCUCUCCCGGCCUCCCCUGGCACAGCCCCCCAACCCGGCCCGCCCGCCUCUGAGGAAACGUCCCUGUUCCCAGCCUCCUCCAUCCUCUUCCCUCAACCAGAGCCCUUCUGGCAUCUCCCUGUUGUCCUUCCAGGCUACCAGAGCUGCCAAGAAGGGAAAAGCAGCUCGUGGAGGGAGACGCGGGAAGAAACGGGCCGCGAGCAAGAUGGCGGCGGCGGCGACGGCCCCUGAGGCGGGGAGCGGGCCAGCGGCCCCCGGCCCCAGUGACCAGCCCAGCCAGGAGCUCCCUCAGCAUGAGCUGCCCCCCGAGGAGCCAGUGAGCGAGGGGACCCAGGACGACCCCCUGAGCCAGGAGUCCCAGCUGGAGGAGCCGCUGAGUGAGGGGGCGGCCACCGACUACCCCAUCUGGCUGAGCAGCGACUAAGUUCAGUUCCAGUCGCCAGACCUCAGAGAUCUCACCAGCACGGUGGCCCCUGGU